GUCAGUACAGCUAAGGAGAAUCAAGCGAGUAAGAUAAAGAGAGAGUUUGAAAGUAGGCCUUAGCCGCUCAGUCAGUUGUUGACUACGUGUCCAAACGAUUGGUUGGCAUAAUGGUGAGUUUUCGAAUACUGUUAACCGAAUGAUGCAUUUUCUGUCGCUCCAAAGAUUGUGCUAUUCUGUAUGUUGAUCGUCAUUGGCUUAUGUCAUUGCAAUGAUCUUCCAUCAAGUACUGAAGUAGAGAGCUCGAUUAACCGAACAAUCGACGAAGUCGAAAGAUUAAUUCGUCAAAAUUCCACUUUACCACAUCUUACUAGACGUGAGAUUAUUGACAUUCUUUUCAAUAUCACGUCCAAAGAUAUCGAAACAUAUCAAAACAAAAAAGAAAUUGAAGAAGCAAGGAAUAUCUACCAAAAAGCUUUGAUGGUAGUACUGCCUUACAAUGCAGAAGACACGAUAGAGAGGGAAAGCAUGAAGGAUUUGUAUACUAAACCACCGAUAGUUCAAUUAAUUACGGAUCCUGCUGCCAAUCCGGAAGAUUUCGAAGCAUCGAAAAACAAAAAUCUACAGACAAACGCACACACAUUUAUGCAGAAAACACAAAACGAUAUAUAUAAACAAUCUCUUAAAAAUUUUAUAAUGACACAUACAUAUGCUCCAGAAAAAAACUUAUCAAAGGAAAACUCACCAGUGCAAAUCCGAUAUAAGAACCAUAGAGAAACGUAUUCAGAAGCAUAUUCAAAGAUGCCUUUAAAUAAAACCGUAAAAUUUGAUUCAGCGCCAAUAAAAUUUAGCUUUAAUCUAGAAAAUAUGCAAAAACAAUCAACUCUAGCUGAAAAACCAGUAACUACUACUAGACGACCAGUGUUCGAAGAAUCUUCAUUAACCAAAAAUGAAGAUGUCUAUGUAGUAUAUAGUACGAGUGCAACAACCAUCUCACCCAGAACAGUAGAGACGAAGAAGAAUAUUUCAAUGUUCAAUUUGGGUUCAGAAACGACAUCUCGGCCUUUAAAAUAUAACGAACAUGUUUUGUCCGUUGACCAAUGGCGAUAUAAUGCACCGACAACGAAACUUCCAGAUAUGCUCUUUAAAAAAAUUUUAGAUAAAGAACCGUUCUCUCUUUUUCGUCCAACUACUAUAUCACUGAAAAAUAUUACGCCGACUGCGUCGAAUAGCAAAAUUGAAUACAAUUCAGAGAUUUCAAAGACAAUCACAACAUCCAAAAAGGUGCCAGUCGUGAUCACCGAAUCAGCUCCUAUCUACGUGACACCAAUGCCCUCCUCUUCUUUUUCUUCUUCUUUUUCUCCCUCUUUCCUCUCUUCUUCCGAGAAAUUAAAAUAUAAUUCUACUUAUAAUUUACACUCUGGAGGUUUUCACAGAAUCACAACGACGACAACGACAACAAUGCGCCCGGAAGUAAUGGAACUGCUUGCCUCGAUUGGACUUCGACCGGAAAAUGUUACUAAUGUAGAGGACAUAUUUAAACAGAAUAAAAAAGAUAUGGAAAUAAAAUCCCAAAUUCCUAACAGUAACGGUUUAAGUUAUACAACUUCCGGUUUGACAGCCAUUGCGCUUGAUUCACCAUCGAUAAUCGCUGAAAACACUUUCGAAAAUCCUGUUUCAGAAAUCGGAAAAGGCAUGAACAAUCUAACACCUGAUGUACAAUUACUUUUCCAACGAUUUGGUUUGCAAACAUCCAAUCUAUUAACGACCACAAUGUCCACGCCAAAGUCAACUAUUAAUACGAACUCGUAUACCAAUUUCAAGCCUUUGCCAAUAUCUAAGAUAAAAAACGAGGAUAUGAAGGAAUUUUUAGCAAAAUUCGGACUUGGUGUUAACGACAAUAGAAAAAAAAAGGCAAUACCGAUGUCAACGGAACGGCCGUCAUUGAUCGAGGCCGUUCCAGAUAAUAUGAAACAGAUUCUAGAGAAUAUAGGCCUCAUAUCUCACAAAACAACGAGAAUAACAUCAAAAAUGGAAAAUACAGAACCAACAAAGGCGACCAAGUUCCAUGUGUUUAAGCCGCAUGAAGUUAAUGUAAAGGAUGAAGAUCAGAGAAUGAAAAUCAACGAACUUUUAGACAAAAUCAGAUUAGUUCAGGAAGGAAAAGCAAAUACAAAAGACGUGCGAAAAACAGCCGAUGAUUUGCUUGAAACUACGAAAACUUUAAAAGAUGGGCCGGAUCCGCUGAGUCUAGAAGAAAUAAUCAAAAUUUACAAUAAAGAUCUAAAAAAUGAAGUAAAAAGACAACAAAAUCCGAAAGAAACCGUCGAAAUCAUUACGACUGGUGAUCGAGCUUUCAUAACGACGACGACGUCUACCGAAUCUGUAAAUGUUUCUUCAACUACGACGACAACGACGACAACAGCCACGAUGGCUUUAGAUUCCACAACGGACAGUUCAAACUUCCGUAAUGCGCUGACACCAGUUCCAGAGUCAUCGACAUCUGCAAGCAUAAAUCUCAUGGCAUUGGAAGAAUCCUUUGGUGGUACUACUAGUGCACCCGAUCCCGUUUUACCAACUCAACGACGAAAUGGCUUGUAUUUUCUUUUAGAUUGGAAUACUUUCCUCGAAGUCGGUGAAGAUGAUGAAAAAAAAAUAAAUUUGAGAUUUGAGCCAAAAGUUGGUGAUAGGACGAGAUUUCUACCAGUCAAUGUGCCGUAGUUAACAAUUUUAAUACAAUAUUGUUUCUAAAAAAAUUUAAUCUACCUACAUAGUUUAUUAUGAUUUAUUCUAAUAUAUUUUGAUAAAUAAAUUGUGUAAACUAUUUUUUAAUAACUGUAUUUUAAUCUACAUUUUUAUAUAGUACCGCCCAAAAGUAUACAACUUUUAGGUUUUUUAAGCAUAAGCUUUAUUUAAGUCAAAUAGAUUCAACAUUAUACAAUAAAUAUUGAGUAUUAGAUACAUUUUGUAUAUGAAGUGUUAUAAAAUUUAACAAAAUAUUUAUUGUAGAAUGUUUAAUUUAUUUGAUUUACUUAAAUGGAAAUUAUGCCCCCAAAAAACCUAAAGAUGAUGAUAUCUUGAUUAGUACUGUGCUUAUGUAGAAUAAUCAAAGAUAUCAUAUUAUGUAAAAAGAUCAUAUAAUUCUAUUUGAAAAAAUUGCCUGUGCAUUUAUGAAGUUACGACCUGAAACUCGCGUCUGCGUUUACGUAGAAUGGCCUUAAAAAGAUUUUGUAAAAUAUAAUGAAAUAUUGCAAGUGAUGAAAUAUUUGUACAAUCUUGUUAUAUAUUAAAAAUUUACAAUAGAAAUGUUUCUAAAACCUAUCACAUAAUAAAUAUGAAAACAUACCUAAGCAAACAAAAAAUUAUUACAGCUUUAAAAUAAUUCCAGAAUGGUAAUUACAAGUUAUGUUUCAAUCAUUCACGAUUUAUUUUUUAGUCAUAUUUUAGUCAUUUGAUCAUUGUAUUAUUGUACUUGUUUUACUUAGGUAAUAUGAGUUGCGAAAGAAGUUUCGUAUGAAAUAAUUUUGGAAAUACAUAAUAACUUAAAAAAAUUAUAAAGCUGUUUUACCGUAUGUUUUAAUACAUUUUUAAAUAAAUUAUAUAAUUGACUUUAUAUAUUGAAUUACAAAAGUCUUUUAUCGAAUUGAAGUACACACAGAAAUGUGAGAAACAAUGAUCGAGUUCAUAUAAAAAGCAAAAAAA